UCAUCACUAUGAUCACUCAGUACAUCUACAACUUCUCAACCCUCCAACAUACGAUCUAGCGAAGAUCUCAUCAAUAUCAGGGAAUGGCCUGGCCACUCGUAAUUUGAUGUGGUGUCACAAAAAUAAUUCCAAGACUCGCUUGCUGCGCUCUGGCCACGAAGACCGUACUUAGUACAAUGCUGAGCAAUCGUCGGAGGCCGUAAAGCGCGAGCAUCAGAUAUAACGACUCGUACUACAGGCGCGUACCUGCUAUUAAAUUCUAGCUUCUCGUAAGGUACUGAUUGAGGAAUGAUCUCGCAUCCUUUCUUCCGGGCAACAACGCGCUGCUUUGCCCUCUCUGCGACCCUCCUUCACGUUCGCGGCAUGUCUUCGUUCACACUGGACCGCAAGAUCUUCACACCAGCGCUGUACCAGAAGGUCCACGAGAUCUGGCUUGGCGGUGUGAAUCCCAAUGGCGAGGAAGUCAACAUGGACGUAGCGAGAAGAUGGUUCAUGGGCACACCAGAAGAGCGUUUAGCUCUCGACAAGAUAUGUAGCGAUAACUUCCUCCAUGCGCUCGAAGCAAUCGGCCCAGUGCAAUUUGCCACACCGACUGCCGACCCAUUUAUCGACCAAGUGGCUGAGAUUGCGCAAAGCGACCCCAAGGGUGAUGGUGCGGGUGCUGCAUCUGCAGCGUUGGGUAUCGCCAUCCUGCUAGACCAGAUGCCGCGCAACAUCUUCCGUACGAACGAGGGCCUGGCAAAGGUCUACACCCAUUAUGAUGGGAUCGCGCAAGCCUUCAUUCGCAAGCUCUUUUCACCAAACUCGCCCAUACCACGGCCAGACCAGCAUCCACUGUGGCGCAAUUCCACGGCACACAGGAUGUGGUUCUACCUACCGCUAUUCCAUUCUGAAGAGGCCCAGGCGCAUGAACAGGUAGAUGGAUUACUGCAAGAUCUGCAGCUGGAUCUGUACAAGCAGCCAGGGUGUGCAGGCUCUAAGACGUUACUGGAAGGCCAGUUGAAAGCAGAGAGAGAACACAUAGAAAUCCUUGAUAAGUUCGGAAGAUAUCCGCAUCGAAAUAUCGCACUAGGGCGGGAGAAUACAUUAGAGGAGACUAAAUUCCUGUCAGAGGGAGGAGCGACCUUUGGAGUUGCGCAGAAGAAGGAUGAACUGUAGAUAUUGAGCAAGGCAUGAGUAAGCAGUCUAGCUACGUUAUGAGGGUCGCAGGAUCUUUUCACAUGCUACGCGUAGUGCUCCCGAUCCAAAUCGUCUCUCGUGUGCAAGACAUCUUCCAUUGUUAAUAGUGAUACAAGGCACAUGCAC